AUGGCUUCUGGCUCAGUACAACAAAGAGACUGUAUACCGACUAUGCUGCCUCUACCAAUUGUUUCAGAAAACCGUCUAGCAAAACAUCUCCAGGGGCGACCUUGUGAUCAUGUCUAUGUUUACGCAUACCGCUCUAUGGCCACUUCGAUCUUUUCGGUGGCUCCUACCUCGAAAUUUUCGUCUUCGGCGGUCUUGAAGCUGUCAGGGAUGUCAUCGCCCAAACUUCGAUAUCAGCCCGAGUCGACUAUGUCCUUGCACACUUCAGCAAAACGACGUCUAUACAACUGCCAGUCACUCAUAAUGGUAGACACUACACAACGCUUGUGCCUCUUCCUAAGCCACUACCGCCUGAGCUGGACCACCAAACAACGACCAAUACCUGCAUUCGUCUGCCAUCUUCCCCCAACAAGCUCUUAA